AUGGGAAGGCAACCUUGUUGUGACAAAGUUGGAUUGAAGAAAGGGCCAUGGACUUCUGAAGAGGAUAAGAAACUCAUCAGCUUUAUCCUCACUAAUGGCCAAUGUUGCUGGAGAGCUGUUCCUAAGCUUGCAGGAUUAUUGAGGUGUGGGAAGAGUUGCAGGCUGAGAUGGACAAACUAUCUCAGGCCAGAUUUGAAGAGAGGUCUUUUAUCAGAAUAUGAGGAGAAAAUGGUCAUCGAGCUUCACGCUCAACUUGGCAACAGAUGGUCUAAGAUUGCAUCACAUCUACCUGGAAGAACUGAUAAUGAAAUCAAGAACCAUUGGAAUACUCACAUCAAGAAGAAGCUAAGGAAAAUGGGCAUUGAUCCUCUCACUCACAAGCCACUCUCUACUAUUGAAACACCACCACCACCAGAGCAAGAAGUUCAACUGCAGAAUAAUAUACAAGAACCAGAGAAGCAAGCUGGACAACAAUCUUGUUCCCCUAAUGUCAUAUCUGAACUGGACCAAAACAAGGAACCAGAGACAUCAUUACAAUCAAGUAUAACUCGAGAAGAGGAGAAUAACAUGGCUAGCACAUUUGAUUCAAUGGAGCUAAUCAAUGGUUUUUGCAUAGAUGAAGUUCCACUUAUUGAACCCCAUGAAAUUUUAGUCCCUAGUGGACCUUCUUCUGCAUCUACCUCAACCUCAACCUCGUCGUCGUCAUCAUCAUCAUCUUCAUCUUCAUAUGGUUCAAACAAUAUCCUUGAUGAGUUGCUGCUGCCAGAUUUUGAGUGGCCAAUUAACAAUGUCGACAUUGGCUUGUGGGAUGAUGACUUGAGUAGUUGGGAUUUGUUAAUCACUGACGUUGACAGUGACAGGAAGCAAGCAACAACUUUUGAUCCUUCUCUCAAUCAGUGCCCAAGAAUGGUUUUGGAUCAAGAUUCUUGGACAUAUGGCCUCUUGUGA